AUGGAGGCCUUUUCGACUACAAGACCACCAAUCGUUUACCUCUUUUCAAAGGAUCCCUACCGCCCCUCCCCACCCAUUGCUACCCUCGCUAAUACACGCCCCAAAAUCGCACGGGAGGACAUAUCCUUUCCCACCUCGCCGCUCACGCUGACUAACCUCGACCAAUUGAACAAUGUUGCGCCGAAAGGCAAGAACGAUGUAUACCUUACAAGCAUUGCGGAUGUCACUACGAACCCUGCAUGGCUGAACGGUAUACAGACUGGUGACGACGGUGGCACUGGGAACGAGAAGACGUGUGCGAUUAUGGUGGUGGAUAAGGCCCUCUAUCCCACCCCCGGCACCCAUGAUCACACCAUCCCCAACCUCAACAUCACCACUUCCCUCCUCCUCGUGGACGACGCAGAUGCUGGUCCCAAGUACGACCCCCUCCUUUCAGCGUACUUUUACACCUUCGCGCCAUCAUCCAAGACCUUCACACCGGUAGAACCUACGCCGGACGCGCCGACGGGGUGGUUGUACUACAAAGGGAAAUGGGGCGAUGAGGAGUACCCUGCUAGUGACAAACGGCAGAAAAGUCUUUUAGGUAACAAGAAAUACGUUGGGGGCCCGACUGGGCCGGCGGACAAACAGCUCGAUAGGAAGGAGGUAUGGCCGCAGAACCAGUGGAGCGGUGGACAGAAGAUUAGGACGACUUUGGAUGCGGGGUGGGUUGCUAAGCAGUGGUUUUCGAAACUAAACUGCUUUGGGGGCACGAAGAAAGGUGUUAUCAGGGUGAAAGUGAGCGGGGAGGUUAUCGGGUAG